AAAGUUUUCACAUUUUACAUAUUGGUCCUUGGUUGAGGAUGUCAUUUGGAUUCAUUGAUAAUCCACCAAUCCAUGAAUCCACCGAUCCAUUGGAUCCAAUCCAUGAAUUCACCAAUCCAUUGGAUCCAUGGAUCCACCAAUCCAAUCCACCAAUCCAUGGAUCAAUCCAUUUGCCACCUCUAGCUGGAAGGCACGAAGUCUUCCUCUUUGUUGGGCGAGUCACUCUUGCAGUCUCUGUCCUCAACACUCGGCCCAACUACACAAUGCAAACGAUUGUCUUACCUUGUCACGUGCGCGACGUCAUAGACAAAUAUAUCUAGCCCUUUGUAUGUGAAGCGAAAGAUGGGAACAACAAGGCGCAUUUGGUCUAUUGGGAUAAUAUUCUCAAUUGGAAAGAGGAAGGAGGACUUGGUCUGUGCUCGGCUCGAGCGUAUCAUAGAUUUGAAAAUAAGAGACGAUAGUGUUACAUGUUUCAAAACUAUUGUGCACAUCGGAUAGGUUGGGUUGUCACGUUGAUUGAAUUUCUUAUUAAUAAUUCCAGUGAUGUGGAAUGUUGACUGGAUCAAAUUAACCAAGUUUUUUUUAUGAAGAAGAAGGAAAUGUCAAUUUUAUUACUCGCUCAAACAUCUGUGAUCGCAAAGUGCAAAGGUUUGUGAAACGUUUUAUCCUUAAUUAACCAUGAAUUAGUGGAUCAGCAACUAAUUAAACGAGGAAUGAAUUUAUGCAAACGGCAGCUAGUAGGUCGGCGACGGCCGACGAAGAACAGGAAUCAGCGACGAAGUGGGGAACAUGUUUCAGUUCCGCUGAGUCCUCUGCAUCCACGGGAAAGGUCGACGGAGAGAAGGAAAUCGGAGAAACCGUGGAUCCAAAAACAGAGAACUUGUGGCUUCCUUAACAAACAGAGGAACAACUUAGCAGUAGUAAUUAAGUAAUCAGUGAUUAAGUAGGAGUUUAGGAUGGACAGGAGCCAAUAGAACAUAAGAAUUAGGACAACUGCACAAGCCCAGUAAGUUAUGAGGAGCCAACUUGUUCAUUCAUUGAGGACUUUGUAUGUUAACGCGGGAAUAUUUUGACGAGAAUGGAAUAUCCAUUCCCACCAUCGACGGUGACUCCAAGACUUGACAAUUGGGCGAUUUCCCCAUCAUUGUUUCUUCCCAAUAUCCCAAAGAGAUGCCAUUGACAUUGACUUUGGACAUGGAGCUUCCAACCCACAAUACAAUUCAUACUCAAUACUCCUCGUUAUUUUAAUAAUUUUCAUUAUCCAUACUUUUUGUUGAUAAAAACUCUGUUUUUGGUGACCCUUUUCUAAAAGGAUACAUAAAUCAGAUUACCGCUAAUAAAAACUAGCUCCGCAAAAAGAUCGGCUUUCAAUGCUCUGCUUUUUUCGCUGCUGCUCUCUGUUCAAAUAGCUUUUUUGAUCGAGCUCUGUGAUUCUGUUAAUCAGUUUCUCAGGCGACGGGAUCCCGAAAUCGGAAAUCACGGUGUAAUUUGUUUCGGGGAACCGUUUGGGGUUUUAUGCUUUGUUGAUUUUGUUUUUUUUUUUUUUUUUUUUUUUUUAUCGAUUUCAUUCGAGUUGGGAACACGAUGGAGCCGGGGCAGGGUACCGUUGUAUUCGGGUCGUGGAUCCGGAGACCGGAGAGCGUGAAUUUGGUCGUUUUGGGGAAGUCGAGAACUAGCGGCGGCCGCAAUUUUUCUUCUUCUUCCCCAUCUUUGCUCGAGAUCUUCUCCUUCGAUCACACCACCGCCUCUAUUUCCUCCUCUCCCUUGGCUACGUACGAGUUGGAAGAAGCAGACGGCGAUUUAGUUUCUAUUGCUGUGCACCCCACAGGAGAUGAUUUCGUGUGUUCCACUACCCAUGGUGGCUGCAAAUCAUUUGAGUUGCAUGGCGAAGAAACAAACUUCACGUUACUGGCCAAGGAUUUGCCGGCUCUUCAAAGUUUUGGUCCCCAAAAGUGCCUGGCUUUCAGCGUGGAUGGUUCUAAAUUUGCCUCCGGUGGUGUGGAUGGGCAUCUCAGGAUUCUGAACUGGCCAAGUCUCGGCAGCAUUCUUGAUGAACCAAGAGCUCACAAAUCUUUCCAUGAUAUGGAUUUCAGCCUAGAUUCAGAGUUCUUAGCUUCAACAUCUGUUGAUGGUUCUGCUAGAAUAUGGAAGACAGAGGAUGGUUCGCCUGUGGCUUCUUUGGCUCGAAGUGCUGAUGAAAAGAUCGAAUUAUGCCGAUUCUCCAAGGACGGGACAAAACCUUUCCUGUUUUGUGCUGUUCAGAAAGGUGAUAAGGCUGUCACUUCAGUUUAUGAUAUAAGCUCGUGGAAGAAAAUUGGCUUCAAGAGACUUCUUAAAAAGCCUGCUUCUAUCAUGUCUGUGAGCCUGGAUGGGAAAUAUCUUGCCCUGGGAAGUAAGGACGGCGACAUAUGUGUAGCUGAAGUGAAGAAGAUGGAAGUCAGCCACUGGAGCAGGAGGCUGCACCUUGGUACAAACAUUACAUCUCUGGAGUUCUGUCCCAGCCAGAGGGUUGUGCUUACCACCUCGAAUCAGUGGGGAGCCGUUGUGACAAAGCUAACUGUCCCAGCAGAUUGGAAAGAGUGGCAAAUCUAUGUGCUGCUACUGGGACUGUUCUUAGCAUCCGCCAUUGCGUUCUACGUUUUCUUCGAGAACUCGGAUUCGUUUUGGAACUUCCCUCUUGGGCGUGAUCAACCGGGCAGAUCGAUGAUUCAACCCAUCUUUGGGGACACGCAGUCCUCCCCUGAAGACCCAUUCGGGCCUGUAGAUUUGUGACCCGACAGAGUACAGAGUGCUGUUUUAAGCCUGUAGAAAACCCCAGCAGCAGCUAAAUGGUGGACAAAAAUAAGGGAACUUUGGUAGUUUUUGUUAACACGUUUUGGGAUUUCCUCAUGAAUAGUAGUCGAAGAAUUCUAACACAGCGGCUGGUAGCUUUAGCUCCAUCUGGUGUUUCGUUUGUCAUUAAUCCUUGACAGGAAAUACAAAUUUCAGGAAAAUCCAGGAAUCAUUUCGAAGCUGUAAAUUUGUAUAAGAAUGUGUGUUAUAUUCAUGGAGUUCAAACUUCAAAGGACUUGUUUUACAUAGAUUGAAGCUCACAAGAACUUACCAGGCGCUUAUAUGCUACAGUAACUCCAUCAAUUUCACCGUGAACUGAAUAAUGAUCAUCAUUUUGUACUCCAUAAAAUUUGACUAUUUUGAAAGAAAUAAAAGGUUUGACCACUUUAUUGCAUUAGAAUUUGUUAUUAAACAUACCUUCUUGGUAUUGUCCGACCCGACCUACUCUAAAUCGGUAUUACUCAACUCGUAGUAGUAGUAUGGGGCGGUAUAUGGAUUACCUUCUACUUAUCUUGUUUUGCUUUGUCAAUUUUAAACCCGUUCCAUUUUAAUUUGUUUCGAUAUUUAUUUCUGUUUAUCAUAUUUUCAUUAAAUGAAACUUAAAAUAGGUA